AUGAAACCAACUACUACCUCUACUUCAUUAUUAUCACCAUUCAAUGGCAAAAGCAUUGUACUCGAACUUGGCCAUGAAGUAGGUUUCAAAGCUAAGCAAGAAUUGAUCAAUUAUUUACGAGAACAGCAAGCACAUAUUUCGUAUAUUUUGACAGCCAGUACUGAUUAUGUUCUAACUACGACUAAUGUAGAUAGCUACAAAAUACGUCGUGCCAAACGGCUUGGCUUACCGGUAGUGAAUGUUGAAUAUGUACACAAAUGCCGUUGUUUGCGACCUGGUCAAACACCUAUUGAUAUUAGCAAAUUUAUUAUCAAGUCAGCAGAAGAUCAAGAGAACUUUAUAAAAACCGGCACUAUUUCCAUGCAAGGUAUUAGAAGUUCUUGUAAAAAUCAUGUCAGACAUCUUUGUUUAUUAGAAACUCGAGUAAACGUGACUAAAGCCAAUAGAUUCGAUUUGACUAAAAUCAAGCUGUGGAAUUCGGACGAUGUAAAUUUGCCUCGUUUCGAUGAGCUGGCACAUUGUGAGCUUGGCAGAUGGGCGAUUUUCAAAGAAACCAAUGAUAAUUCAAGUGUAUUUUUUGUUCUUGAACUUCAAGUUAUUCCCGAAGAGUACUAUGAUCGAACAACGAGUGAUUAUCAACUACGAUUUCGAUAUGAAAAACAGACUAUUAUCGACGAAGUUUCACAACACGAUAAAAAAGUAUUGGUACAAUACGCAUUCAGUGAUGAUCCAAACGAACAACAACAGUUGUUUGCGUCGUACUAUUAUCGUGUGGCUGCAAUGCCACGUAUAACACGAAUUAGUGAGAUGUUACCUAACAAAUUAGGAUCAAAAUUAUUAUUACGUUCUUUAUUUACACAACGUAUCGACACACAAAUACUCGAUGAAAAUGUAUGUCAAUUGAUUGAAUCGAUUUGGCUAGAAUCGAUUGGUGAUCUGAAUAAAAUUUUGAGCAUAUCACCUGAAUCGAUUACUCUCAAAACAAUCAUUGAGGCCGAAGCUGCACUACUCGAACUCAAAGCGACCAACAAUCCUGCUGCUGCACUUCGUUUCUAUUCACUUAUACCACAUCGACCAGAGUACAAUAUUGAUCUAAUCAAGAAUCAUCGAGCGUUGAUCGAAAAAAUAGACCUAUGUCAGAUGCUUCGAGAUAUGCAUACAGUCAACGAACUGACCAAUUGGAAUGUUAAAGCACCAAUCGAAGCUAAAUAUCGAGCAUUGAAAUGUCAUAUUGAAACAGUAGCGAGUUCAACAUUCGACUUUAAGAAUAUUGCUAAGCUCAUUCAGUCUGGUGAAGAAAUUUUAAUUCACAAUAUAUUCAGUGUGACUAGACAGACAGAUGCACUCAAUUUUCGUACAACACUCUCCCACCAAUGGCAGCUGUUUCAUGGAUCGAAAUAUGUCAAUUUUCUUGGGAUUCUUUCACGUGGUUUAGUCAUGCCUAAAAUUGUAGUGGAGCAAUUGGGCGUUGAACGUACUGACGUGGGUUGUCUCGGUUAUGGGAUAUAUUUUUCAGAUUCUGCUUCGACGUCUUUGAAAUAUACGACAGCAAGUAGAAUACGGUCAGGUCGUCGUUUGUUAUGCAUUUGUCAAGUAGCACUUGGUGAAUCAGCCAAUUAUUAUUCGUUUUCACCGACUCUCACCAAACCUCCUGAUGGUUUUCAUAGUACACAUGGAGUCAAACAAACAGAAGAAAAUCAAUCAAAGUUCACUGAUAAUGAAUAUGCCAUCUAUCAAGUUGAACAACAACGUUUACUUUAUGUUGUGGAAGUUUCAUGGUCGCCGAUUGAUGCUCUCAGUAUCACUUUAGAACGAUUACCUAUUGUUCACCAUCAAGAACAUGCAUUGAAAUUAAGUGAGCACGCUGAAGUUCCAUUAACGAUGGAGGAUGAAAUCAUUGAAGUAGCCGAACAAGACUAUGGUUUGAUAUGUUCAUCAUCGAGAGACCUUGUACCACUUAAAUCAUUUCAUAUUCGUGCUCAAAUUGUUGAUGUUACAGUUGAAGUUGUUCUCUAUCAAGUCUAUCAUAAUACAAGUUCGAUACCUAUCGAAGCUAAGUAUGUGUUUCCUCUUGAUGAAAAUUCAACUGUAUGCGGUUUCGAAGCACAUAUUAACAAUAAAGUUAUCAAAGGUGUCGUUAAAGAGAAAGAACAAGCCAAACGCGAGUAUAGAGAAGCAAUUGAAAAGGGUCAUGGCGCCUAUUUAAUGCAUCAAGAAGAAGCUCAAGUGUUCAGCGUUGCGGUUGGUAAUUUGCCAGCGCAUACUGAAGUUAUCAUCAAAAUAAUUUAUGUUGCCGAAUUAGAAAUCGAAAAUGAUGACAUUAUUUUUCGCCUUCCAACCAAAAUGACUUCAUGGCAAUCGAAAAAAGCUGUCGAAACCAAAGAUCAAUCGAUUUUACGAUCUAUCGGUAUUGUCGAUGAAAAAGUUGAAUUCAGUUUCAAAGCAUCGAUUCGAAUGCCCUAUAAAAUAACGAAAUUAUUUUCCCCAACACAUCAUCUACGUCGGAAAGUAACCGAUUGUAUAGCUAUGAUUGAACUUGUUGAUAAUGUCUUAAUUGAUCAAGAUUUUAUUCUUUCGAUCACACUCAACAGUCCUAAUUUACCUCGAAUAGCAAAUGAAACAUUGUCAUUGGAUGGCAACAGUGAAACAACUGACACAUCGAACAGCCAUCAAUCUCAAACAUGUAUGCUUACCUUUUAUCCACGAUUCGAAACAUUGACGACUUCGAAAGAACAAGUUGAAAUUAUUUUCAUUGUUGAUCUAUCAAAUUCAAUGGAUGGCAGUCACGUACAGCAAGCUAAACAGUUAGCUCAUUUGUUUCUUACGAAUUUGAAAGUUGAAGAUGAGAAUACAUAUUUUAAUGUAAUUACUUUUGGAUCAGAUAACGAUGAAUGUUUUCCUAUGUCAGCACCAACUACAAAAGAAAAUCUCGAUAAAGCCAAACACUUUGUUCUACAUUCACGUGUCCAUCGUGGUAAUACGGAUCUAUUUGCUGUCCUUCAACGUUAUUCGUUAUUACGAUCGUCGUUAUCGUCGAAAUUUGGCCGUCAAAUCGUUCUUUUAUCCGAUGGACAUAUUCACGACCUCAAUUCAAUUCUGGCUCUACUCAAACAUCGACCAACUAUGCGUCGUGAUCGUUUGUUUACAUGCUCAAUUGGUAAUGUUGCAAACAAACAUGUUUUGAAACAGUUAGCUAAUGGAGCAAAUGGAGGUGGUCUAACAAUAGUAUUCGAUUCAAACUAUCGAUCGAAGUGGAAAACAAAAGUAUUUAACAUCCUCGAACAGAUUCGACAACCGUGUGUUACAAAUAUAUCAAUCGACUGGCAUGGCUGUUUGAAUAAAGAGCAAAAACUCAAUAUGCAAGCACCGAAAAUGAUUCGAUCUUUGUUCAAUGGAAUGCGACUUACUGUUUAUCGAUUCAUAGAAAAUUGUCACAAGGCAACAUUGGCGGCUACUAUUGACGAACAAGAAUUUGUUACGACUGUAUUUAGUAGUGCAAUGACAACGACCAGAGGACGUAUUUUACACUGUCUAACCACUCGAGCGAUUAUUGAUGAUUAUGACAACGGGCUAUUGGAUGUCGACGAGAGCGAAAACGAAUUGAUCAAAGUUCAAUACAAACGAGAUCUCAUCGAUCUCAGCAUCAAACAUUCUGUUGUCAGUAAAUACACUAGUUUUGUUGCCAUCGAAGAACGUGAUGUCAACACGGAUAUAAAAACUGUUCAACCAGGUGUUCGUUUGCUUGAAGUUAUGCUGGAACGCGAUGUUGACUUACUACCAUGCAUGGGAUGGGAUGGUGAUGUUUCAAAUUUGACUUCAAUCAAACAGAAAUUGGCCGAUGCGCGUAUUUCACUGGAAUGUGCAUCGAUUCAGGGCAAAAAAGAAACAAUUGUUGAUAUUGAAAAACUUUGUCAAAAAGUUUCCUAUCGAGCAGGUGGCGACGCAAAAUUUGCUAUCAUGAUGGCUAUCAUACGCACAUAUCGACAUUCAUUGAAUGAUUACGAUAAAGCAGAUGAACUAAAAGAUAAAAUGCAAAAGGAUAUAAUGACCGAAAUGAUUAGUGCAACCGUAGAAGAACGGCAAGCAUUACAGCAACAAUGUCUAGCGAACAAUUUAAUAAUCACAAAUGACGAAUUCGGAUCAUUAAUUAAAUACGAUGAUUUGAUUCGUAUGCUUGGAGCUGAUUCCAAGGAUUUAACAACAGUUGAACAAAUGGAUAAGGCUGAUCAAUUGACAGAAGAACAAAUUGCCGAAUUUAAAGAAGCUUUUUCUCUAUUUGACAAAGAUGGUGAUGGAACAAUUACAAUAAAAGAAUUUGGUAUGAAAUUCUUCAGUUUUUUAGAUAUGUAUCUACCUAAAUAUUCACUAGGUACGGUGAUGCGUAGUCUUGGUCAAAAUCCAACUGAAGCUGAAUUGCAAGAUAUGAUCAAUGACGUUGACGCCGAUGGUAAUGGUACGAUUGAUUUUCCUGAAUUUUUAACUCUGAUGGCACGUAAAAUGAAAGAUACUGAUUCGGAAGAAGAAAUGCGUGAAGCAUUCCGCGUCUUUGACAAGGAUGGCAAUGGAUAUAUAUCAGCUGAUGAACUUUGUAAUGUGAUGACAAGUUUGGGUGAGAAACUCACUGAUGAAGAAGUUGAUCAAAUGAUUCGAGAAGCUGAUAUUGAUGGAGCAUGGCAACUACCAGAAUUCCGAUCGAAAAUAAGUGGUUUGCAACAAGAAUCAUUAGAGGAAUAUGAAAAGGCUGAUUCAGAUAAGGGCAAGGGCACUGACGCUGGCGAUGGCAAUAGUUUCAGUGGCGAUUUACCUUCGCUUCGGUUUACAGACACUCGUGGGCCUUCGCCGAUGAGUCAUGAUUUUCCCACUUGGAAGACCACUCUAGAUAAUGGAAAUGAACGCUUAAAAGAACCGACUGGUCUUAAUAUAUUUUCGAAAUUAGAAGAUCAACCGGUACCAAUAUCUACUGUUUAUAACAAACUGGCAGGAAAGAAGAAGAGAGGGUCAUUGUCUGCGCCACUAUCAGGGCUAUCACUCGAACCGCCUCCAAAACAAUCAAGCGUUGAAUUGGCAGAACCAUUCGAUUUUUACGGCCUUAUCACUGAUACUUCUGCAUGGGCUUCUCUUUCUUUUCCCAAGCCACUGUCACCAGACAUAUCAUGUCGAACAAUAUCAUCCUGCACUAAUGACAGCUAUAUGCCAUCUCCAAUAGCAUUAAAACCGAACCCAAGUGUUGAACCAUCUUUAGAAAUGUCGUCAUUUGGUGGUAGACACGAUAGCAUACAAGUUGCUACAAGUGAAUCAAAAAGCUCGGAAGAAGCGAAUAUGUCAACGAAAAAAUCAGUUCGAUACACUAAAGAGCACCGAUAUGACGAUAGAACGAUAGACUUUGCACGUGAAAGUGCGCAACCAAAAUCCACGAUUUGUAAACAGACAAGAGAAUUAGAGACAUUUCGAAGACAAUUUGCACUUAAUUUAACGUCCAACAUAUCUGUCUGUAAUCUACUUCUUCUGGAUGUAUGCCCACUUGGUCUGGGCAUCGAAGAUAUUAAGGGUGAGAUGCAUACAUUGGUACGCCGUAAUACAGUUAUUCCAACGCGAACUCAACUUUAUCCUAUAUUCACAAAUGCUUAUGCCUAUCAGACAACAGCUACCAUUCGAAUAUUUGAAGGUGAACAUUAUCUCACAAAAUACAAUAGAUUAUUGGGCGAGUUUAGUCUUCCUGGUCUAACAAGCAACUUCUCUGCUCAGACACUCGAAAUAGCUAUUCGUAUGGAUAUUGAUGCUAAUGGGAUACUUCAUGUCGAUGCUGAAGAAGCACGUUCGGGCGCGAAAGCUUCGUUUAUUCUUGGAUCUGAUCAGCAAAGAUUGAGCAAAAAUGAUAUUGAGCGACAUAUUGCAUAUGUAGAAAGUGAUGCAAAUGUUGCAGCUAAAUCUGUUCAUGAUCACAAACCCAAUGAUCGAUUGUAUUUACUGGCUGGCCAAAUUACAUCUGUAAUACGUGACUUUUCCGGUGAACUUAUAACAUCAUUCGGUCAAACAAUUGGUGCUCCACUUCUCAUUCAACUGAAAAAUGUUCGAUUUUCAAAAACGUUAACUGAAGAGCUCAUCAAAAUUCAAUCUGAGGACGGUUCAUUUACGUUGAAUAAAGAUUUAGCUGAUAUACUUCAUGUCAAUGUUGAUAUUUUCGAUGGCCUAGAACAAUACUUACGCGCACUAGGUUUUAACUCGCUCGCUUUGAACACACAAAAUGAAAUUCUUCGUUUAAUUGGUACAGGUGUCAUUCUGUUUUGGCUCGCUCUUCAAAUGCAAGACUCACCACAAAACACGUGUCCAUUUUUAUUUAACAUUGAACAAAUCAAAGCUUUUCUCUGCAAUCAUUUAUCUGCUAACACAAGUGAAAAACUUGACAAAGCGAUCGGAUUCUAUCAACAAAUAAGUCAACGUAAUCGUAUCUAUUGUAAACAAUUAGAAUUGAGCGAUUCAUCAUGGGACAUGUUUAUUCAACGUAUAGUUAUCGGCAUCGAUCAUGGCGAUAACUAA